AUGUAUCUCAAUAAGUUGUGGCCAUCGGCCUUGCUUGCAACCCUUGCGAAAGCGCAAUUUGCGAGUUACUCUGAGGGCAGCUACGCGUUGAGCGUCAAUGUGCCAUCGGAUACUGCUUCUGGGAGCGGCGAAACCAUCUAUCUACAAAUCUCAGCACCUUCAGACACAUCAUGGGUUGGCUUCGGCUAUGGAAGCUCACAGAUGCGCGGCUCGAGCAUGCUCGUUGUUUACGCCGACGGGAACAACAACGUGACCGUGUCGCCCCGAACGGGCACUGGCCAUGUUGAGCCAAAUGUCGAUUCCAGUGCCCGAAUAACGGUCCUGGAUGGAUCACGCGUUAACUCCGACGGCUCGCUCGUCGCAAACAUUCGUUGCGACUCUUGCAUCGGCAGCAGUCUGUCAGCCACUGCCACUGACAGCACUUGGAUAUGGGCGUAUGCUGGCGGCAGCGCCCUCGAUUCCACCGACACUUCGGCGAACAUUCAACAACACAGCUCUCAAGGCGGCUUCAACUUGGACCUCACUAAAGGUACCGGAGGCAGUUCUUCGAAUCCGUUCGUUGCGGCUGCUGUCACGGAGCCAAGUGCCUCGGCCUCGGCCUCCGCUCCAGGCGAGAGCGGCAGCCCCAGCGCAUCUGCCUCGGCCUCGGGUGGCUCGAGUCCUACACCGAGCGCGACGAACCCUGAUGCCAUCGCUCCUGUCGCCAGUCAGGGCGCCGACUCUGGUGCCAACACCGGUGCUAGCAAUAACGGCAGCAGUCGCAGCUCAAGUGACCCCACGCUCUCGCUCCGCAAGUCGCAUGGCAUACUCAUGUCCAUCACAUUCGUGGUCCUGUUCCCACUCGCUGCACUCACCAUGUACCUCCCAUUCGCGAGGCGCGUGCUCUUCGUGCAUGCGCCCCUACAAGUCAUCGGCAUCAUUUUGAUGAUCGCUGGCCUCGCCACUGGGGUCCUCCUGGGAAACAAAACCGAGCUGGACGAAUACCACCAGAUCAUCGGAUAUAUCGUCGUGGCGCUUUUGGUCCUCUUUCAGCCCAUCCUGGGUUUGCUCCAGCAUCUGUACUUCCGUCGCCACGGAGGCCGCUCCAUCAAAGGCGUUGUCCACCAGUGGCUUGGUCGCAGCGCCAUUCUCCUCGGAAUCAUAAACGGUGGGUUGGGCUUCAACAUCACCGGUCCCGUUGGGUCGACAUACGUGCCAAAGGGCGCUGUGAUCGCGUACGGCGUCAUUGCCGGCCUGGUCGGUAUCAUCUAUAUCGCAGUCGUUGUGCUUGCUGGGCGGAGGCGCAGCGGAAGUGGUGCUUCGUCACCUCGUGGUGAGAAGAGUGCUGCCCGCUACAAUGAAACUGAGCUGCAGCCGCGGCCGAGUCACCACCAGCAGCAGCAGUACUGGGAGCCUCAGGGUCAGGCGCAUGGAACUCCUGGACGGCGCGGGUCGCAGAGGUACACGAUUGAGGGGCGAUAA